CCCCCGCGGAGCUUCCAUCUCUUCUUCCUCGAUCCCUCCCCCCUCCCAAUCCCUCCUCCUCCACCACCUCCUCCCCUCCCUCCCCCGCCGCCGCGCAUUUGCUGGUCUCGGCGAGGGCCGCUCCUCUGCACGCGUGGGUGGCGGCGCCCUCGCCGGCGUCGUAUCCCGCCGGCCCCCGAAUCUCCGGCGAGCCGCUCGCGCCCCAAGCCCGAGCCCGGUGAGGCCUGCUGCUCUAGGUUUUCCUGCCACCCAGAGUUACAGGUAUACUGGUUUUGAUAUGGAGUGAUUGGUGGAGCUGGUCGUCCGGAAGCUCUGCUGGUGAAUCCGAUGGGGAGCAAUGAUCCUAGCACGCCGCCUAAGGCUUCAAAGCCACCAGAACAGGAGCAACCUCCAGCUACUACCUCUGGCACUACAGCUCCAGUUUACCCUGAAUGGCCUGGCUUUCAGGGCUACCCAGCGAUGCCACCACAUGGGUUUUUCCCCCCUCCUGUUGCUGCAGGCCAGGCUCAUCCAUAUAUGUGGGGAGCUCAGCACAUGGUGCCACCUUACGGGACACCACCACCCCCCUAUAUGAUGUAUCCACCAGGAACAGUAUAUGCCCAUCCGACUACUCCUGGUGUGCAUCCAUUUCAUUAUCCUAUGCAAACAAAUGGAAAUCCUGAACCUGCUGGAGCUGCACCAGGUGCUGCAGAAACGAAUGGGAAAAAUGAGCCUGGCAAAACAUCUGGUCCAUCUGCCAAUGGGGUUACGUCCAACAGUGAAAGCGGAAGUGAUAGUGAGAGUGAAGGAAGUGAUGCCAAUUCUCAAAAUGAUUCACAUUCAAAGGAGAAUGAUGUAAAUGAAAAUGGCAGUGCUCAGAAUGGCGUAUCUCAUUCAUCAUCGCAUGGAACAUUUAAUAAAUCCAUGCCGUUGGUUCCAGUACAAUCAGGUGCCGUGAUAGGAGGAGUUGCUGGUCCUGCGACGAACUUGAACAUAGGGAUGGACUACUGGGGUGCAACUGGCUCUUCACCUGUUCCUGCAAUGCGCGGCAAAGUACCGUCUGGUUCAGCUCGAGGAGAGCAAUGGGAUGAAAGGGAACUGAAGAAGCAGAAGAGGAAGCUGUCCAAUCGGGAAUCAGCGCGCAGGUCCCGGCUGCGCAAGCAGGCCGAGUGUGAAGAGCUCGGGCAGCGGGCUGAGGCUUUGAAGUCAGAGAACUCGUCCCUCAGGAUCGAGCUCGACCGGAUCAAAAAGGAGUACGAGGAGCUCCUUUCGAAGAACACCUCUCUCAAGGCGAAGCUAGGGGAGACCGGCGGCGGCGGCGACGCAGUCCCCGACAUGAACGAACGGGGCGACACCAACGGCGGCAGCCACCAGAAGGAUAUGUUCGAGCUCACGUAUAUAGCACAGGACCGAAAACCCCAGGAGGGCGCGUCGUCUGCCUCUCCCAAACGCCCAGCCCCCCCCCCCCCCCCCCCCCCCCACCACCACCCUCGGCCGCGCUUCCUUCCGCCGCCGCGGGGGAGACGAGGCGAGGCGCCCGCGGGGAUGGACGGCGACGGCUUCGACGACGGUUGGUGGGAGGCGAACCAGCAGUACCUCGACAACAUCUGCCGCGAAGCCGAGGAGAGCUCCGCCUCCCGCAACCCUAGCACCGCCACCCCCGCUCCCGACCCAGCCGCCACCACCCAGCACCACGCGCCGCCCUCCGCCGCCUCGUGCCCUCCUCCCUCCUCCGCCGCGUUUGCCGCUCCCCUCCCCCGCGUCCCCGCCGCCUCGUACCCUCCUUCGUCCUCCGCUGCAUCUGCCGCCGCUCCCCUCCCCCGCGCCCCCGCCGCAUCCGCUUCCCCCCUCUACCGAGCCCCCGCCGCCUCCCCGUUCACGCACCCCUCCCACGUCCCCGCCUCCGCGCCCCGCGCGCCCCUCCACUUCUCGCCCCCGAGGGAGCUCUCCCAGCGCGUCCCGGACAGCAGCUGCGGCGGCUUCUCUCCUCCGCGGGAGUUCUCCCAGCGCCCCUCCUCCUCGGUGGCGGCCGAGGACAGCGACUGCCAGAUCACAGGGGCGGCGGGGCCCGACCGGCCCAGGGGGGCGCCGAGGGAGAGGGAUGCCAGGGCGCUGAGCCAGGCCCAUGGUGACCGCGUCAAGGCCGUGCCGCCCAGGGGGAGGCUCCCUAGGGCGGCCAAGGAGAAAGAGAGCAAGUCGGCCGAGGAGCUUAGGAGGGAGCUGGAGCGUACCUUGAAGCAGAUGAAUGACUUGAAAAACGAGCACAUUGAGCUGAAGAAAGGCAUGACAGAGAAAGACCUUGAAAUCGAGGCCAAAGAAGCAGAGAUUCAUAAUCUUAAGAAGGCAAAUGUCAGAGAUAUUUCUAGUAGGGAGAUGGAUAUUGAUCAGCCAUGCCAUACCCCUGCAAAUGAGGCUUUGCAUGCCAGGGGUUCUUGUUGGACAUCCACGAAGAGAGUAUGUUUGGAGGAAAGCGCCCACCCUGAAUUAGAAAGGAACAAAUCUAAGGACAUUAAGACUAAAGGAGUCCAGACAGAUCUUCCACUGAACAGUGGACAUCUUGAGCGCAAGAAAGUAUUAAUGAAUAACAUCUCUAGCAACCUAUGUGCAAUCUGGGGCAGGCCAGCUAACAGUAUGUUAGGGAGGAGUUUGAUCUCGAAGAUCCUUGCUUCUUGCUCAGAAGAAAUGUUGACACUUUUCCAAUCUGCGAGAUUGCCAGACAAGUGUGAAACCUCUACUGAAGCGAGCUCCUCCAUGAAUAAUGCUGUUUCGGAAGUAUAUGAUAUUAUUGUCAAGAUGAAUAGUGACACCAUACCUAUACAGACGCUUCUUGAAGCAUUGCUAAAUCUGUGUGUUGUUGGUAAUGCUGUUGUGGUCAGUAGAGCACUGCGGAUAUUGCAUAGCAUCUUGCAGAACUUGCUCACUCAUGGAACCAGGUCUAACCAAAGGAAUAAUGUUUCUAUUGAGACGUAUGUUGACAAUAACAUGGAAAUCGAGAGGAACAAUCAAGAACACAGUUCUGCUUUGCUGAAUACGCCUGACCCAGAGGAAGACGGACUUCACAUUGGAAAUAUGUUUCUUCCUUCUACAUUCUGGACUCCAUUCUUCACUGGAGUGCUACAAAUUGCGCUAAAAUAUUCGGAAGAGGGUAUUCGUGUUGAUGCAUUAUCCAUAAUGAUUCUCACUGUAAGGACUAGUGAUUCCAAAGGGGAGCGUGAAAAAUUUGGAUUUAUUUCUGUAAUGGAAAGCUUGCAUCAGUUGCUGCAGAAAGAGAAUGCAUUGCUUGUAAAGAAGCAUUCGGUGCAUCUACUUUUCUUGCUUUUGAACUGCCCUGCGAUGUUGAAGAUGCUUUGCAGUGGAGGUAAAGAUGGUUCUGAACUGAUGGAAACUGUUGGAUGUGAAAACGAACCACAGCAAGCUAUAAACUCAGUUCUUAAGGACUUGUCUGAAUGUUUGACUUGUGAAGCAACAACUUCUCUGGAGCUCAAGCUUUGUCGGCUAGUUGUGAAUCUAUUAGCGUUCAUAGCUUCUAGUGGCAAAUUGGGAUAUGAAGUGCUUCUAGGUUCAGUGACUGCCCACAGUUUUCUUGAGUUGACCAUGGAAGUCCUUGCUUCACAGAUGGAAUGCAAAGUUGAUUUUUCAACCGAGGUACAUGAGCUAUUGAAUGAAAGGUAUUUGCUGAUGAGAGAAGUUCUGAUCCUUCUAAACCGACUAGCCUCGCACGCCAUGUUUUCAAAGCCAACCCUGGAGGUGCUGAUGGGGAGCAAGCGGUGCGCGGGGUUGACAAUCGACAUCGCCAACCGGCUGCCCCAGAGGAGCAAGUACCCCUUGAGGCAGCUAAACCCUCAGAUGGCGAAUGAUCUCGCCGAUUUGGCCCAGAAGUUCCGUUCGCGGGUGUACGGUUUCCUGGAGGAGCAACAACAUUCGACAGCUGAGCGUUGCGAUACAGGCGCCUCGGGCAAGCCUCCGAGAGUUCCAAGAUAACUGGGUGUGGACAACACUGUAACAUUGGAAUCAGCCGGGGCGUAUAUAUCUCUCUAGUUAGUAGAGAUCUCUUGUUUGGCGCUAACCGUACUAGGGUCUUUCUGUUUGGGUUGGCUGGGGCGAGUAAAUAACUUUUUGCUGGUGUGAUGUACAGAGGGUAGGGUCCGUGAUAUAACUCGCCAUUUUGGGGGCAACGUAAGCCUGCUAAACAAGGGGAAUGUAUUAGCAAAAUUUUCCUUCUCACCGCAAACGAUCGUCUCUUUUCUGUAUUGGAAAUGAAUUGGCAGCUAAGUUUUGCAAGAUGGCUAAUUUUGCUGAUUUAACAAGUAACUACAUUUUCCUCGCAA